AUGGCUGCAACAAUGUAUCAACGUGAUCCCAGAUCUGGCCUGUUCCUUGGUGGGACAAGAGUCAGUGGGGCGGAAAUACGAGAUCAGAAUGUCAUGGCUUGUCAAACCGUGUCAAACAUCCUAAAAUCUUCUCUUGGUCCUGUAGGCCUCGACAAAAUGUUAGUGGACAAUGUGGGAGAUGUGACCAUCACCAAUGACGGCGCUACCAUCCUUUCUCUGCUUGAAGUCACACAUCCAGCUGCGAAGAUCCUCGUGUCACUUGCUACUCAACAAGAUAAAGAAGUAGGGGAUGGGACGACGAGUGUGGUGUUGCUCGCUUCUGAAUUAUUGAGAAGGGCGAAUGAGUUGGUACGGAAUAAAAUUCACCCAACUACUGUCAUAACGGGAUAUCGACUCGCGUGCAAAGAAGCAUGCAGGUUUAUGGCUGAACAACUCUCCACAAAGGUCGACAAGUUGGGAAGAGAAUGUCUCGUCAACGUAGCUAAAACCUCCAUGAGUUCAAAGAUCCUCUCUGCCGACGAUGAUUUCUUCGCUCCUCUCGCUGUCGAUGCCAUGAUGGCGGUCAAGACGAUUGAUCCCAGAGGAGAGAAAAAGUACCCUGUCAAAGCUGUCAACGUACUAAAAGCGCAUGGCAAGAGCGCUAGGGAGAGUUUCAUGGUCAAAGGGUAUGCGUUAAAUUGUACCGUGGCUAGUCAAGCCAUGAAAACACGAAUCACCAAUGCCAAAAUCGCAUGUCUUGAUAUCAACUUGGCAAAGCAACGUAUGCAUCUAGGAGUGAACAUCACCAUCGAUGAUCCCGAUCAAUUGGAGGCGAUCCGGGCUAGGGAGAGUGAAAUGGUCCUCGAACGCAUACGCAAGAUCCUCGCUACCGGUGCCAAUGUUGUCCUCACUACCAAAGGUAUCGACGACCUAUGUUUGAAAGAAUUCGUAGAAGCUGGCGCUAUGGCAGUCCGAAGGUGCAGAAAAGAAGAUCUCCGUCGUAUCGCUAGAGCAACAGGAGCCACUCUCGUAUCUUCUCUCGCCAACUUGGAAGGGGAUGAAACUUUCGAAGCUUCUUCACUUGGAUUCGCAGAUGAGGUGGUACAGGAACGUAUCAGUGAUGAUGAGUUGAUCUUGAUCAAAGGUACAAAAGCAGUCAGCAGUUCCAGUGUGAUACUCCGAGGAGCAAACGAUUAUAUGUUGGAUGAGAUGGAAAGGGCUUUACAUGAUGCGUUGAGCAUAGUGAAGAGGACGUUGGAAAGUGGGAGUGUAGUUCCUGGUGGAGGAGCUGUGGAGACUGCCUUAUCUAUCUACCUGGAGAAUUUCGCUACGACUUUGGGCUCAAGGGAACAAUUGGCAAUUGCGGAAUUCGCAGCUGCUUUACUUACAAUCCCAAAGACUCUGGCUCAUAACGCCGCGAAAGAUUCCACCGAUCUAGUUGCCAAACUCCGAGCUUAUCACAAUGCCGCACAAAGUGCACCAGUCUCGGAUCCUCAACGUGGUCUCAUGUUUUACGGUCUUGAUCUUUUGAAAGGUGACGUUGUGGAUAAUCGUCAAGCAGGUGUGUUGGAACCUACCAUCAGUAAGAUUAAAAGUCUUAAAAGUGCUCUUGAAGCUGCUACUAGUUUAUUGAGGAUAGAUGAUAGUAUAACUGUCGCACCUGAGAAAAGAGAGGAAGAUGAUGGACAUGGGCAUUAGAUAUCGAUGAAUGGGAGUGAUGAAAGUGAUGGAAUGCAUGAAGUUUUCAUCUACAUG